CUUUGACUGGACGCAGAACAGUGACAAGGUCGUAGUUCAGAGGAAGAAGGAAUCAGACUGGAUUAUUUUUCCAUGAAGAUGAAGGCGUUUGUGGUGUUUUUCAUCCUCACUCAUGUUUCCCAGCAUGCAUCGAGCGUGUUGGUGUUAGAGGGGAUGGAGUCUGUCUGGCUGCCCUGCCAGGUAUCUGGGUUACCUAAGAACACCAAAGUGGUGUGGAGCCGCUUCGAUCUCAAUCCCUCAACCAUCCACCAGCUUCAGGACAAAUAUGAGCCUUAUGUUCAAAACCAGCAGUACAGCAGCCGAACCUCGAUGUCAGCUGAUGCUCUGAAAACUGGUGACCUCAGCCUCACUCUGAAAAAACCCCACCACUCUGACAGCAGCAUCUACACCUGCACCAUCCACAAUGAUAAAAGUGAAAUUGGACGGCAAACUGUGUGGCUGCAGGUCAUAGAACUGCCCACUUUCCCUGCUGGAGCCUUUGCUGUCCUGGCUGUUGUCUUUGCUGCGGGUCUAGCAGUAUAUUUUUGGUACAACACCAUUCCAGUCUCCCAGGUGGAGGUGGAAGAGGGGGUGUGGCUUGUCAAGCUUCCUUGCAAAACCAAAGUCCAGCUGCCUGAUUGCGUUGUAGUGGAGUGGAGCCGCUGUGCCCCCAAGCCCAUGAUGAUCCACAGUUAUCAGAAUGGCAGUGACCUGCAUGUCGGGCAGGACGAGUUUUACUGCGACCGCACAAAGAUGGAGAAAGAGCCACUGAAAACUGGAGACCUCAGUCUGACCCUGAGAGAACCCUGGAGUAGAGACAGUGCCACCUACAUCUGCACCGUCCACUCGCACACAAAAGUCUGGAUGCAGAAGGUCGUACACCUCACUGUCAAACCUGUCGUUCAGGUGGUGGAGGUCAGGGAGUGUGCUAAAUCUGUCACACUGACAUUCAGGCCUCAUGUUAAGCUGCCUGGAGAUGCAACAGUGGAGUGGUGUCGUAUGGACACUGGCACACUCGUUGCAGCCAAUUUGAACCAGCCUGGGAAGAAGAAAAACUCUUACAGGGGCCAACUGAAUAAAAACCUGUUGCAAACUGGAGAUCUCAGUCUGACCCUGAUUAAACCCACUCAAGCAGACAGCGCCAUAUACUUGUGCACUGUCUGCGGGUACGGAGAUGUCCUAUUGCAGAGAUUCGUACAUCUCAAUGUCCAAGGGAAAGGUUUUUAAAGAAGAACGGGCCGAAGAUGAAACAGACAUCACAGUGAACAUGCAGUUGAUGAGCAGCUCCACUGAACCAGUGUAGUGUUCACUGGUUAAUGUGUCUCACUUGUCUGUUGUUAAAGCUUUGAUGGAUCAUCGCUGGAUUCAGCGGGGGUGCUCUGGGGUUUUUUUCUUAAUUAGAGUGUCUGUUGUGUAAAAUAACUAAAGAGGGAUUGUUCUGAGUGUUUUUGAAUUCCCAGUUUUUGAGUUCAUGUGCUUAAUGUUGUGUUCACACCAAACGCCAUGCUGAUUUUUACCUUGCAUGAUUAUAAAGUUGCUGGAGUGUUGGGAGUAUUACACACUUUGCGAAUAUUCGUCCUUAACCGCUGUCCUAACGGCUGUGCUAACUAACUGGGGAAGGCAGCUAACAGCUAACGUUCACUCGGUUCAUAGUGUAUUACAAGGAAUUGAAAAAGCUGAAAAUGUCAACCUGAGCAAAUAUUGCAAAUUUCGCACGUUUGUGUCAUUGUGUUGCCUGGCUGUCUGGUCUUUGCAUUAACUUUGUAUGCUUUCUCACUCCCGUGUAAACCCAACAUAAGUUACUGACUUAAACACACUUUAACAGUUUAUUGACGUGAGCAGUGUCGGUUCAAGGUACGUAAAAAAUAUAUAAUCCAUUACUGAAGACAUUUACUCAAGUACUGUUCUUAAGUACAAAUUUGAGGUACUUGUGAUUUACUGGAGUAUUUUCUUUUCAUGCUUUUCAACUUUGUGUGAUUUACAAAUGUGUUUAUUCUCAUCAGCUCUUGUUCUUGUUUUAUUUGCAUACUUUCACUGAAGGAAUAUUUUUAAUACAGGACUUUUAUUGUGUGGUAUUUGUACUUUUACUGCAGUAAAGGCUCUAAAUACCUCCUCCACCACUGUCCAUGUCUCAUUAAUAAUUACUCAUUUAAAGCCCCGUUUCCACCAAACCCUUUCAGUCCAGCACC